CCUCUGUCUGUGGUUGUCUUGUCUGUCAGCUGUUGUUGACAUUUUUUUACAAUAGUGAUUGUUGUUCAUCACAAGCAAAAAAUUUAAUUUAAUCUUACCAAACCUAACUGGUCUUAUUUUUUAAGUAGAUAAUUAUAUACAGUAUGGAAAUGCUUUUGUUGUGAUAGUUUAUUGUAACGAAUCAUUCAGUGAAAAGAAUAAAAUAAGUUGUUCGUAACUUCAGUGUUCAGUACCUACAAUGUUUACAAUUCAUGAAGGCGAAAUUGUUGUUAAAGAAAAAUAUGGUUCAAGUCCUAACGUUAGGUAUUAUGUUAAACCUCCAGGUAAGACACUUUCAUGUUUCACAGGAAAUAUCGAACAAAGUAACAUAGUUGUAUUAGAUGAACAGAAGUUAAGCGAUGUUGCUGGCUGGUUCACCAAAAUUUUUUUACCACAAGGUUACCCGGAUAGUGUGAGCAAAGAUUAUAUAGCUUACCAGGUUUGGGAUACUGCACAAGCUUUUUGUAGUACUAUAACAGGCACUUUGGCCACACAGGAAGUAUUACGGGGUGUGGGAGUGGGAGACACGGCUGCGACUCCCCUGGCUGCCACUGUCACUUGGGUUAUUAAAGAUGGGUGUGGUCAUCUUGGUAAAAUAUUCUUUGCUUUCAGUCAUGGUACCUACUUGGAUGCCUACAGUAAGAAAUGGAGGUUAUAUGCUGAUACUCUCAAUGAUGCUGCAAUGUGUAUUGAAAUUGCUCUACCAUUAUUUAAAAACUAUACAACAUUCGCAUUAUGUGUGAGCACAGUAAUGAAGGCGAUUGUGGGAGUGGCAGGAGGAGCCACCAGAGCUGCCAUGACCCAGCAUCAUGCUAUAAGAGGCAAUAUGGCUGAUGUAUCUGCUAAAGACUCUGCUCAAGAAACUGCAGUAAACCUGGUAGCAUCUUUUGCAGCAUUGCUGAUCAUAACCGUUUUUGGGAACUCUCUUGUAAUAUUUCUAUUAAUGAUGGUACUACACAUAAUUUUCAACUACUUUGCUGUACGUGCUGUGUGUUUAAGAACACUAAAUGAGCCAAGAUUUCUACAAGUAGUUGAUACUUAUCUGAGGCAAGAAGUUUUACCUACACCAUGUGAAAUCAAUCGUAAAGAGCCCAUCAUAUUUUAUCAUUUGGGACCAAAUUUACUAGAUUUAAAGCUUUGUGGUUUUCAAAUACGGGUGGGAUGUUCUAUAAAGAAAUUCAUUAGUCAGCGACCCAAAGCUUCGUACAUGAUGAGUAUCAAGGAAGUUUAUAGCGAACGAAUGUAUGUACUGGUCCCGUGUAUCAACAAAAGAAAAAUGUAUGUACUUAUCAAGGAUGAUGCUACAACUGAUGACAUUUUAUGUGCAUACUUCCAUGCUGUUUUACUAUCUAUUAUCGUCUGUGCUAUAAACGAUUUCCCGUUGUCAAUGUACCACAGUAAUGGCGACUCACGUCCGUUUGCCCAAGUGUGCCAAACCUUGCAAUCUGCGGAAUGGAGCCGGGAGCCAACAGAGACUCCGGAUACAUUGAGUGGUUUUCUCUACGAGCCAACUCACGAGCUUAUAGGAUAUGUGGAUAAAAUUGUACAAACGGAAUGGCGCAGAGUCCGAGCUGGCUUAAUAACUACUGGUUGGGAUCUAAGUAAACAUCUUAUAAUGGUGGAUGAGUGGAGAGUGUGCAGCAAGAAAAUAGUGACUGAAUCGAUACCAAUGGAGAAACCAGCUGUGGGUUCACUUAUGGAAUUCGCUAAAAUCAUACCAUUUGGCGAUGUGCUCAAUGAUUUUGAUACCUGUGAGAAAGAAGACAAAGAUGCAUUUACUAUAGAACCAGAGACAUCUAUGUUGAAGCUAGCUCAAGCAUCGAAGUUGUCGGUGAAACCAAAGCUGGAGACUGUGGACGACGAAGAUGCGGAAGGUAAUGUUACCACUUCUGCAACCAAUACACAAACCAGCAGCGCUCAUCUCAAAGAAGACUGACGAUGACGAUGUCACAAAGUAUACAAGAUGAAUUUUACAAGACAGUGUGCAUGCAUGAAUUAUGAAAUUAACGAAAUAUACUUACCUACUAAGUCUUGGGGAUUGAUGGUUAGUUUUUCAAAAAAUGAUUCGUAAGCAAACCCGGAAAUCUGAUCCUUUAUUUUUUUAAGUUUGAUAAAACUUAUGUUCUUUUAUCAAGAUCGAACCGCGUUUGGUUAUUUCCUCAGAUCAUAGAUAUUUCAGUCCAAUUUGAUCAUCCAUGCACACUAAAAAUUCGCCUGUACUUUUGUACGUGCUCAUAAAAUUAUUUUAAUUAAGAAAAUUACUUUUCUUAGAAAGUAGCGUUAGUCGUCACUAGUAAAGCUAGUUGUUUAAUAAAUGAAUGUGUUAUUGAAAUGAUUAAUUAUGUAAGUAACUUGGUUGUAAUUUAGCAAUAAUCGUAUUCUAAGUAAAGUGAGUCAUGUGGUGUUUCUUGCGGGCGGAUAUAGCUCGCCUUACGAUAUCUCCCUGUUGGUGGUCAACUCGGUGCACUCGUGCAGGAGGCCGCAACAGCAGUUGCAGCAGCGAACGUCUAUGUGACUUCAUGCCCUCCACUUUGCCCUGCACCAUAAGGUGUACAGUGUACACGUUAUCCGAAGAAAUUGGGAAUACGAGCUUGCUCUAAUUUAAAUUGUAACGUACAUAAUAUUAAUGGCGUUGUUAAGAAAAACAAAAAUUACUACUUAAAAGUACAAUCAUUUAUCCUGCCUCAGUGCAAUGUCCAAAUCAACAUUAUUUUAUCGUAAUUCACUGAAUACGAGUAAAUCGAAAACUAAUACAUUCCAUUUUAAUGCCGCUAAGUUAAGCUGUGGUAGUACAAAUUUAAUUAUUGAUAUUAUAAAAUAUGAACCCUAAUAAACGAAUAUUAAGACAACGAAGUAAACUUUUUAUUAGUAAGUAAAAGUAAAUUCGGGUGUUUUCACUUAUUGUACAACAGUUUUUAGACCAGCAACGACCUGAUUUAUGUUGCACUAAGUAGGUACAUGUAGAAAUACAUUAUCUAGCCAGAUUAUAAUAAUAUCAGUUAACCCCGAAUGAGUCCAAAAUGAACUACUACUACUUAUCUUUAAUGAUAAAACGUUAUGUUGUGAUAAAAAUAAAAUGAUAAUAUGAAGUAAGUUAAAGGUAACGUAGCUCCAAUAGCUGUAUGCAAUUCCACGCUAGGAAUUUUACUACUUGUGAAGAUAUUUCCAUAUACUUAGCAAUAAGAAACGAGCAAUAUAAACUUGUUCAUUUAGCAUAAAUAUUUAAUUAUAAUUAUUAAGAUUGGUUUGUCUUAAAUAUAUUGGUAGUUUUAAUAGAAUAAAACUUAUUAUCUAUAUAUACAGGGUGACUUUUGUAUCAGUAUCCAAAUUUUAAUAUAAUAAUCUAUGAAGCGAAAGACAAAACACGUAUUUUUUAUUUUUGUAUCGUCCAGUACAAAAAUGUCAAAAUAAAGCACCCAGAAACAGUCUGAAAAAACACUUACACCGUGGUCACGGCUCACUCGCUUACGCACGCACACACGUACGCGCCUGCCCGCGCCGCAUUUCAUUCAUUGCGAUACGAUUUAUAAGUUGUCGAUUUUCCCUUCAUACUUUCACGGGCUUAGGACCGUCAAAAUGCAAAAGAUUUCAAAGUGGUAAUUAGUUUUAAUUAAACAGACUUACUAAUUUAUAGUAGAAAAAUUAAAUACCUACGACAAUAAUUACGCUAUCAAAAAGAAAAUAAAAUCACCGAGAGCGGUAACACUACUUUUCUUGUGUACCUAUUCGGGGGUAUUUAUCGUUAUUUUCAUGUGCAAUAAUUGAGAUUGCUUACCAAACCUACCUAACCUAACAACAAACUAACAAAUUAUGAGUAGUUAUUUUAAUAAUUGCCCAAAGUGCAUACCAUUUUUCUCCAGACAGACUUGCACGCUUUUGUACAUUGUCUUUGAGUUUAUUUAAAACUACAGUGUCAUUUCGCACUUCGCGUCUCGUGUAGGUACUUACCUACUUGCUCGCGGAUCUCGCUUCAGUUUGCCGCUAAAAUCGUUCACCGGUUUGGCACUGUUGGGUUUAGUCCUUGGUUACGAAGUCGAGGUAUUCCUCUGGGCCCGGUUCAAACUCUCUCCACUUAAAAUGUAGCACCGAAUCAUUUCAUAACACUCGCGCUGCGAAUACAUCGUUACGUUGACCGCACGACGGAACGAUCGGCGCGCGCAGUGAUACGCGCGUCUCGUAAUGGGUUGCGCGGGCGACUGAUUGAAGCGCCGCGCGGCCAGGCCGGCCGGUCGAGCGUUGCCACACGUUGCCAGCUCUCCGCUCGACCAGCUCUCCCGCAAAAUGUUUACGCGCUAAGCGCGGUAACCACACUACGUGAUUAAUUGGUUAGGAAAAAAAUAGUUGAUGUUAAAAUUUGACCUACCUAUUUUUUAUUAAAAAUGUCAUCUAUAAACGAUACCUAAUGUCAGGAAAAAAUUUGGAUACUGAUACAAAAGUCACCCUGUAUAAAAAUGAAACCCGUUUUCCGUUGUCACGACAUAACAUGAAAACGGCGUGACCGAUUUGGCUGAUUUAUUUUUUGUAGUUUUCUAAUACUCUGUACAAGGUUUUUACGGAAAAAAAUAUAAAGAAAAUCUCUACGCUAAGGCGGUACGAAGUUCGCCGGGUCAGCUAGUUCAGAAUAUAAAGGACAGGUUGGCACAAUAGCGUUACAGUUAACUGUUACAAAAACCAUUUAUCACUACCGUAUAUUUUUAGGGUUUCUUUUUCACUCGUUAUUCCAGAUUAAACUCCCAUCGGUUGCCAGUUUGUAAGUUAUUUUCAAGCCCUACCAAAUACUGUCACGUCAUAUUAUUAGAUAGAAUUUUCUGUAAGGUUAUUAUAGGUAUUUUAAGGGUAUACCUAUAACUAGUUUUCAAAUAAACCUAAUGUAAUUUAACAGAGUAACUAUGUAUUUAAUAAUGUAUUGUUUAAGUUUCUUUGCCAACUUGUCCAUAACAUCCUGUAUUUAUUUUUAAUAUCGCAAUAAUAUAUAUGUUACAGGAAAUGUAUGAAAUCCGUCAUUGUACACAAUUCCUAGGAAUUGUGUAUUAUUCCUAAAAUCACCCGGAAAUGUGUGAUGUAAACUAUAUUAGACACAUUUCCUAAACAGCAAUCGGAAAUGUAAUUUAAGAUUUCAAUGAAUACGCGUGGACAUGCGGUGCGAGGGAAGGGUAUUGCAUCAUCCGAUUACGCGGGGUGUCUAUCGAAUCGCCAAAUUUUUUGUACGCCUAAAUUGUCUAUGGCACACAAAUUUUAAGCCUAAAAUUUUUUUACACAAAAUUAUUUUUAUUAUUUUUUUCUUCGAAACUUAAAAGAGCGCUCGGCGGCCGCUUCCGCGGCAGCUGUGUAUUUGUAAGGUCGCAAGUCUAACCUAACCUAACCGAGACUUAGUUAUCCAGCUACAGGAGUAUUGAACCUUUAUGCCAAUAAUAGUUUAAUAACAGAGAUGUUAAAAUUAGGGAUUUCCGUAAUAUGCGUGAUGCCGAAAGAAAGGUAUGCCAAUAAAUUUUAGGCAAAUAUUUUUUUCGCCCAAAGUAUAAUAGUGCGAAAACAACAAAAUAAUUGUGAGUUAAAAGUACCUAUCGGCCAAUGUGGCACCCGAUCACGCUACAACGCUAGCGCCGCUUAGUUUUAUACAUUUCCUAAUACAAUAUUGGAAUUCUAUAAAAUUCCUAGGAAAAGUAUACAUUUCCUAGGAUAUGUGCGUAUUAAAAAAUCUCUGAAGCAAUAUUUUAUACAUUUCCUAAAUAGCUUCGGAAUUGUAUACAUUUCCUAGGAAUAGUAUACAAUUCCUAGAAUUCAUACAUUUCCUGUAACAUAUACACCACUAAAUUUUAAUCACCGAAAAAAAAAAUUCUGGGUAAUGAGUUAUUGAUACUGAUCCCAUUUGUGCAAAAAAAAGAGAAAAAUAAAGUGACUCAAAAUAUCCUCCUAAAAUUGGUAAUUUAUUGACACACGCGUCGCUAGCACUAUUUAAGUACGAUAAUGUAAUACUUAUUAGAAUUAAAACUGGUCUAAGUUAGCUAAGUAUGUAAUAAUAACACUGGAAGCGUGGUCGAGGCGUGAGCGAGACAGACAGAUCGAUGCAACGUGCGAGCGUGUACGACUACUCUAGCGAGCAGCGGAGUGACCCAGCUGUGACGCGUAAAAUACGGACUAAUGAAAAUUUAAUAAAAAAAUUAACUUCAUGAAAACCAUUUCUUUUUCUUUUGCUUUCAAUAUUCCACACGUUUCUACAUAACCUGUUAAAAUUUUUUCGGUGAUAAAAAUUUAGUGGUGUAUAUUUUCACAGUACAUAGAUGCAUAUAUUUUUUGUUAAUACAUAACUAAAUACCUAUAGCUAAUGUUUGAUUUCAAAUAAAAAUAUUUUAAAUGAAG